UGCUGGUACUGCUUUCAAGAUGGCUUGGAUGAGUGUAAAGAAAUUUCUUGAUCCAAAUACUAUGGAAAAGAUACAAGUGUUAGGAUCCAAAUUCCAGAGUAAAUUACUUGAAGUCAUUGACUCGAGUCAACUUCCAGACUUCUUGGGUGGCUCAUGCACCUGUUCUGUUGAAGGAGCAUGCCUUAGGUCUAAUAAAGGACCUUGGAAAGAUCCUGAAAUUAUGAAGCUUGUAUACAAUGCGGAAGCAACAUUUGUAAAGGAAGUCACACUAAUAUCAGAAGGAGAACGGAGAACCAACUCCUAUACUAAGCUAAAACCAUUGAAGUUUUGA